CCUUCAUCCCCCAGCCUGUAUUGAUACUGGUGAGUGCCCUGGCCCAGGUGCAGGACCUGGCGCUUGGCCUACUUCACAGGGGUCUACUUCUCCAGCCUGUCCAGGUUGUAGUGUUGCCCGUAACUAAGAAAAGAUUAGUGACAAGUAGCUGAGAAAGUAUUAGCCACAUACUCGUAUUGAAACACCAUCAGUGUGAACAGCCUGAACGCUGCAGCAGGGACUGCUGGCAGUAUAAAAUUUCCCUGCCUGGUUCUUGACCCCUCUGGAGAGGCUAUGGCCCUGGAAAGCACACAAGCAGGAUGCCAAGAGGAAUCUUCCACCUCCACAGCAUAGGCAUGGGGAGAUUUGCUGUGAUCUCCAUUCAGCUCAUUAUUCUGAGUCUGAAAGAGUAAAUUGUUGCAGUUUCUCUUCUUGUAAAACCUGGCAGUAGACAUCCAAAGCUUCUUCAAUCACCAUCUGAACUAGCAAGAUUAGACCCCCCCAGAAGUCCUUGGCUAUUCUGGGGUGCCAUCACAGAGGGGUGGCAUUGGUGUGAGGAAGGGCACCACCAGCCCAUGGUCCAGGUUAGGGGACAAGCUGAUUUCUUCUGUUAGACUAAUUUGGAGUCUCUUCCUUGCAGCUUAAGAAUUUGCACUGAAACCCACCGAACUGCCACCAAGUGCAGCAACCCUGCUGAGGAGGCACCAGCUGGGUGCUCACCUAGGGGAAGGCUGCAAGGGUGCUCUGGCUGGUGGAGCCCACCAGGGCCAGCAGCACAGCCCAAAUCCUCCCCAGAAGCCUCAUAGCCUCCGUCCUGCUGGGAUGCACACAGCCGUGGCAUGGGCAGCUCCAUGGCAUGGCUCUGGUUCCCCUCAAGUGCAAUUUUAGGCUUCCCAAAAGGACGGCACGUGGCCACAGGAGCAAGCAGGUGGUGUCAUGCACCCACUGCAUGGGUCACCCAGCAGAGAUGGUGGCUCUCAGGAAUCCUCCAUCAUUCUUCAAGCAGGAAAAAGCCACCCACAGUCAAGGUAGCGCUUUCAGUUCAGCCACAGCCAGUGCAAAGGGACACAGGGGGCCCAGACAAGAGAUGAGGCAGCUUGUCGGGGCCUCCCUUGCCUCCAGGCAAGACAAGCCCCCCUGCCCAAGCCUGGCUCUAUGGGGUGUCUCAAGCUCCAUCUGGGGACCACACCUGCACCUGGCUGGUGUCAAAGACAGUGGGUAGGGCCUGGAAACAACACAACCCUGGCCUGGGUGGUUGGGCUGGGGCAGUGUGAAACGCUUCACCUCCUCAGAGCAUCACCUCCCCUGCACCUGUCACAGCUCCAGGUGGUGAUCAGAGCUAUCUCCAUCUUCUCCGGUCCACCUCAUCAGCCCACGGCCACAAAGACUUGCGGAGCCCUCCUGUGUGCAUGUGCAGUACAGCCCCAGGAUGUCCUCAGAGGCACCAACAUGUCCUCACUGCCACCAGUGCCCCAGCACAGACACCACUGCCCACUCACAAGCUGCAGCAGGCGUGGGGCACCCUUCCUGCUCACCCUGCAGCCCCCUGAGACCCCAAGCUUCAUGCAGCAUGGCAGCUGAGGCUGAGGAAAGGCUAUCCAGCAUUAGGCACACGAUACAGAAGAUGAGGAAGACUGAGAAAUGUCCCUGCUGCCCAGGGAGGUCCUCUUGUCUAGCUCCCAGGUACUUACCGACCAUGGUCCAGGGUUCAGUUUGCCCACUUUCCACUGUGGGACAGGAACCACUCCCCUCCCAGUGAAGGAAAAACCUCUGCUGGGAGCAAGCAGCUCACCACAGCCCAGCACUCCCUCCCUGUUCCUGGUAAUGCUGCAGCUGGCCACCCGCCACCUCGGGACCGAUACAGGGAAAGUGUCUUCUGCAAGGCUCUCCUCAAACAAGGAUGUUUUUACGGUGUGUCUGAGGAGGACAAGAAAGAAAAGAAAAUUUAUCUGAAAUACAGAGACCAGGAUCUGUAGGAAACCAGCCCACUGGAGAGACCUCACAGGUGCCGUUGACUCUGGGUCUCCUGACAAUCCUGUCUGUUCCUCACCCUCAGUGUGGCUGGGGAAGGGGAGAAUAAGGAUGCUUAGUGGUGCAGUCUCUCCAGGAAUGUGUAAACACUUGACAAGGGGCCCUGUUGCCACCAGCUGCUGCAAACCAGGGUGCUGCCCAGAAUGUGCAGCUAACCCAGCUGCAGUUUCAAAAUGAAGUCCGCACUCUCAACUGCAGCAUCAGCCUCUCCUUCCCCCUUGUCUGAACCGAGCGAUGCUAAGAGCCCCCGCCCCUCCUCCAGUGCAUACUCACUCUCCCCCUAUGCUUGGCAUACAGAGAUUGCUUUGCAGGCAGUGGCCACCUUCUCCCCAUCACCAGCUCCAGUGGGAACAAGGACCUGACAGCUCUUACAACACACCGGCUGGGAUGAACAAACUCGCUUCUGCCUUUGAGAAAACACACUAAAAGUGCAGGUCUCUGCAGAAAGCAGUGGGAAGGACACCCCACCCACCACCUCUCCUCCAUUCCUCUGCACUCGAACCAGGAGGCAGGAGCAGGUCUGGUGCUGGAGGGAGCAGCUGGAAGGAGGCAUGAGGUGCUAGUGGGGAGGUGGAGGGUGGCGCUUCACGAGGCCAGGAUGCCCCGGGGCUUGCUUCACCUCCUUCCACCAGACCUCCACAUCCCACUCGGCCAAGGCUACGCACCAGCACGGCAACACCAAGGAGCACCUAGUUCUACAACGCAGCGCUGACGCGCCCGGAGCUGGGAAGCCCACAGGCUCCCCACGCCGAGUGCUGCUGCUCUGCUUCCCUGCCGUGCUCACCGGGAGGGUUUUGCACCCGUUGCUUGCUGCAUCCUCGACGGCUCGUCCUGCGCGAUGCCGGCGCUCGGCUCCGACCUUCAGCCCCGGCACCGUGCCGGGCAUCCGCUCGCCUUCAAAGGCUGCGGGGAUGCGCAUUUCGGGUGCGCUGGCACCGCAACCCCUCAGGGGCACCGCAACCCCUCAGGGGCACCGCAGGUGGCAUCGUGGAGUUUAUACCAAAAUCCUCCCGCGCCCGCCUGCCGUCGCCCCCCGCCCAUGGCGCUCGCUGCCCCGCGGGCCGCGCCCUGCUCCCGGCGCGGUACCGGGGGCGGGCGGGGCGGGGGGCUGCUGGGCAGCUCCCAACGAGGGGGUCGGGGUCGGGGUCGGGGCGGGGGAGAUGGUGCGCCGGGGCGGAGCGACGGUCCCCGGGCUGUCCCGCGGCGGAGGCGGGGCCGCCGGCCGCUUAUAGCGGUGCGGCGGGGCUGGGGGCCGCCGGCCGCGAUGGAGUACGCGGAGGCGGAGGAGUACUACUACGGGGAGGAGGUGGCGGGCAACGCGACGGGGGAGGCGUGCGAGUGGCAGGCGGACUGGGAGGCGUCCUUCUCGCUGCUGCCGCUGCUGUACCUGCUGGUUUUCGCCCUGGGGCUGUCGGGCAACGGGCUGGUGCUGCUGACGGUGUGGCGCGGCCCGCGGGCGCGGCGCCGCUCCGCCGACGCCUACAUCGGCAACUUGGCGCUGGCCGACCUGGCCUUCGUGGCCACGCUGCCGCUGUGGGCCGCCUACACGGCGCUGCGCUUCCACUGGCCCUUCGGCGCAGCGCUCUGCAAGCUCAGCAGUUUCCUGGUGCUGCUCAGCAUGUUCGCCUCCGCCUUCUGCCUGGGCGGCCUCAGCGCCGAGCGCUGCCGCGCCGCCGCCCCGCCGCCCCGCGCCGCCCCCCGCCGCCGCCCCGCCGGGCUGGGCCCGCUGGCCGCGCUCUGGGCGGCGGCGGCGGCGGCGGCGCUGCCGGCGCUGCUGCUGCGGGAGGCGCGGCGCGGCCCGCGCAACCGGACGCUGUGCGAGCUGGCGGCGGGCGGCGCGGGGCGGGCGGCGGCGCUGAGCUUGGGCGCCACGGCGGUGGGCUUCGCCGCGCCGCUGCUGCUGAUGGCCGUCUGCUACUGCUGCGUGGGCGCCGCCGUCCGCCGCCACCUCCGCCCGCGCCGGCGGCUGCUGCGGCUGAUGGCGGCGCUGGUGGCCGUAUUCGCCGGCUGCUGGCUGCCCUUCCACCUGCUCAAGAGCCUCUUCGCGCUGGCGGCAGCCGGGCUGCUGGAGCUGCCCUGCGCGCUGCUGGGGCUCAUCGCCCGCCUGCACCCCUACGCCACCUGCCUGGCCUACCUCAACAGCUGCCUCAACCCGCUGCUCUACGCCUUCCUCGACGGGCGGUUCCGUGCCCGCUGCCGCCUGCUGCUGGGGCAGCGCCGCCCGGCCGCCGCCGCCGCCUCCUCGACGCCCAGCGGCCCCACGCAGCGCUCGGAGCUGCCCCCGGCCGGCACCAAGCUGUAGCGCCCGCGGCCACAAUAAACGCCCUUUCCGCCGCCGGA